CAAUUUUUAUUGUUUAAGUUUUUUUUUAAACUCUAAAUAGUUUUAGUUUUGAAAUUUUACAAAUGAAUAAAAUUAAACAUGAGGACAGCACGAUUUUCACUUUACCAAACUUUGUUGAUUAAAUGAGAUAUCCGAUCGUGAUAAUUAAACUACUACUAUUGCGAUAUUAAACAUGGCAACGUUGCACGAGAAAAUGGAAGACAUGAAGGUAGAUGAAAAGCCUGCUGAUUUAGUACCAGAAAAACUUCAAAAAGAAAAUAAAAAAAAGUCAGCAGGCUCCGACAAGAAACAUGCUAGUAAUCUUGAGCUUGAUCCUCCUCCAAGUUUUAUUGCUGAUAGAAUAAAAAUGUUUGAUAAACUUAAAAUAGCAUAUGAUGAAGAAAUUAAAGCCAAAGAAAAAUCACCAAUAAAAAUAGUACUGCUUGAUGGAAAGGAAAUUGACGGACUCGCAUGGCAAUCAACACCAUAUCAUAUUGCUCAAGGAAUAAGCCAAGGUUUAGCUGACAACGCUGUAAUUGCCAAGGUGAAUGGAGAGUUAUGGGAUUUGGAUCGUGUAUUAGAAGGUGACUGCAAAAUUGAAUUCCUAAAGUUUGAACAAACUGAAGGUCAGCAAGUGUUUUGGCAUUCAAGUGCACAUAUUUUGGGAGAGGCUAUGGAACGCCAUUAUGGUGGUUGUUUAUGUUAUGGUCCACCAAUUGAAGAAGGAUUUUAUUAUGAUAUGUGGACAGAGAAACUAGUAUCAACUCAUGAUUUUGGAAACCUUGAAACUCUUAUAAAAAAUGUCAUCAAAGAUAAGCAACCAUUUGAACGCUUAGAGAUGAAGAAAGAAGAUUUACUUAAAAUGUUUGAAUACAAUGAAUUUAAGCUAAGAAUCAUAAAUGAAAAAAUUACAACGCCAACAACUACUGUAUACAGAUGUGGUCCGCUCAUUGAUUUAUGUAGAGGUCCCCAUGUUAGACAUACUGGAAAAGUAAAAGCCAUGGCUGUUACCAAGAACUCAGCAACUUACUGGGAAGGAAAUAAAGAUGCGGAAACUCUUCAGCGUAUAUAUGGAAUAUCUUUUCCAAAUGAUAAAUUAUUAAAAGAGUGGAAACAUUUUCAAGAAGAAGCAGCUAAACGAGAUCAUAGAAAGAUUGGAAAGGAACAAGAGUUAUUUUUUUUUAAUGACUUGAGUCCUGGAUCUGCUUUCUUUUUACCCAAAGGAGCAUUUAUUUACAACACGUUGGUCAGUUUUAUCAGAUCUGAAUAUAACAACCGUGGUUUCCAAGAAGUAAUUACACCUAAUAUGUUCAGUACAAAACUUUGGGAGCAGUCAGGUCAUUGGCAACAUUACGCCACUAAUAUGUUCUCUUUUGAAGUUGAAAAAGAACGAUUUGCUUUAAAGCCCAUGAAUUGCCCUGGCCAUUGUGUUAUGUUUAAUAAUCGUCCUCGUUCUUGGCGUGAGUUACCCCUUCGUUUUGCUGACUUUGGAGUUUUGCAUCGUAAUGAGUUGUCUGGAACAUUAACUGGCCUUACUCGAGUUCGAAGAUUUCAACAAGAUGAUGCUCAUAUAUUUUGCACAAUGGAUCAAGUGGAGUCAGAAAUAAAAAGCUGUUUACAAUUUCUUCGUCAUGUUUAUUCAAUCUUUGGAUUUACAUUUAAACUGUUUCUUUCUACACGACCUGAAAAUUAUCUUGGAGAUAUAAAAUUGUGGGAUCACGCUGAAAAACAACUUGAAAGUUCAUUAAAUGAUUUUGGAGAUCCAUGGGAGUUAAAUCCUGGAGAUGGAGCAUUUUAUGGACCGAAGAUUGAUAUUCAAAUUCGGGAUGCUCUUCGUAGAUAUCACCAAUGUGCAACUAUUCAGUUAGAUUUUCAGCUUCCAGAGCGUUUUAAUCUUACUUAUGUUAGUGGCGAAGGCGAUGAUCAAAAGCGACCUGUUAUUAUUCAUCGUGCCAUUUUGGGUUCUGUAGAAAGAAUGAUUGCUAUAUUAACAGAAAAUUAUGGCGGAAAAUGGCCGUUCUGGUUGUCUCCUAUUCAAGCAGUUGUGAUUCCAGUCAGUAACAAAUUUGAUGAAUACGCCCAAAAGGUUCAUCGUUUUCUGCAAGAUUUCCGAGUCGACGUCAACUUAAAUGCUGGCGAAAUUUUAAAUAAAAAGAUUAGAAAUGCUCAGCUAAUGCACUACAAUUUUAUAUUAGUUGUUGGUGAUAAAGAGAUGACUUCGAACACUGUUAACGUUCGAACAAGAGAUAACAAAGUGCACGGUGAGAAGUCUCUUGAAACUGUUCUUGCACGUUUUAAUGAGCUCAACACUUCAAGAAAAGACGACAGCGAGAAUGAGUUUUAGCAUAGUUUUUUAAUGUUAUUAGUGUGCAAUAGUAAUUGGUAAAAGGAGUCGGUUUUCAGUGCGAACACUUUACACAUUUAAAGCACUUUAGACACAUGCAUGGAUUUGCUUAUAUAGGUAUUUAAAAUCAAUUAUAUAUGGUAUUUCUCUUU